AUGUGCAUGGCUCCGCCAGCACAUGCGCUCGCCUCCCUCGGGAUCGAACCCGAAGUCCAGCUCCGUGGCAGCGGCGCCAGCAAGAGGGUGUAUUCUGGGCGCGUAGCCGCCACCAACGAGCCGGUCGCACUUGUCUCUGCGCCGAACGACACGUACGAGCGAGAGAACGAGGUCUUCAUCCGCCUUGGCAACGACCCUCCGCACCCGUCGCUUGUGCUCGCACGUGCCGCCUGCACGGUUGGCGCCUGCACGUACUACAUCGCGGACCUCCUCGUGACCGACCUCUUCGAUCUGAUCACCGAUGGCGGUGUUCUCGGCGAGCAGCGCGUUCUCGGAUUAGUCUCGCAGCUGCUGAGCGGCAUGGUCUUCAUGCACCGCCUGGGCGUGGCACACCUCGACCUCAAGUUCGAGAACAUUGGCAUCGAUGCCGCUGGCCGAGUCCGCAUCUUCGAUUUCGACAUCUCGAUGCUCGCUGUGCCGCUGCUCCACCCCAAGCCGGCGCUCGAGUGCCCUAGGCGCUUGGGCACUAAGUCCUAUCGGGCGCCGGAGAUGUGGCUCGCCAAUGAAGAGACGCCGUGCGAUCCGUACAAGGCCGACAUCUGGUCGAUGGGCGUCGUCGUCUUCUCGCUCCUCUUCGGCUUCUUUCCCUUCGACGUAGCCCGUCCCAGCGACCGCCGCUUCGUGGUGGCACGCUACGCGCAGGCUACGAACCAGUCGACGCUCGCGGCGCUCAUCGGGAUGUACCCGGGCAACCAGGAGGCGGCCAACACGCUCGCAGGCCUCUCGGGGCGCACGCGCAACAUCCUCGAGGGCAUGCUCACCAUUGCGCCCGAGCAGCGCGCGAGCCUCGAAGCCCUGGCCGCCCUGCUGCCCGCCCAGCUGCAGGCCGAGUUCCGCGCCGUCGCAAGCGACUUCAACCCCACCGCGCCAGAGGCGUGGAAGCUCCGCGAUGGUGUUGCGUUCCGCGACUUGGACGUCACCUGCUGCCUCCUUUUCCGCAGCCUGGACGACGCCGGCUCGGCCGAAGAACCGACCAAGACGGAGUCGAUUGAUGAGCUGUCCAAGUGCCCCCUCGUUCCGCCGCGCAUCGUGCGGCAGAACGUGGAAGCGGUCGCGUGA